AUGAAUAUCCAGUUAAAGUGGACAGACAUCAUGAUGAUCGCGAUAGCCAGGUUCUUGAUAGUGGGCCUUUUUGCCAGCUGUGUGGUUUGUAGGCGAGUGCCGGAGCAGAAUAGUACAAGUAAUGGAGACAAUAUGGAACAAUUGGCCAAGAAGCCAGUCUGUCACUACAGUGACCCCAACGUAAGUGAAUGCAUCAAGCGCGUAGCAGAACAAGCAAGGCAUCUUCUAGCCCACGGCAUACCAUCCUUCGGUAUCCAACCGCUGGAACCCUUGAAAGUGCCAAGCAUAAGACUGAGGCAACACAACAUGCCUCAAAACCGCUUUAAAUAUGAUGCCUGGUUCACUGAUACAACGAUAUAUGGACUCACGAACUACACAUUUAAUAAACUUGACAUCUACCCAGAAGACAUAAAAGUGACUGGCAAUAUUAGUUUACCGCGUCUGACGAUGUCAGGAGAGUAUGUGGUAAUCGGAGAGUUUCAGAUGCUGCCAGUGGAAUCUACCGGCAUAAUCCACGCCAAUUUUACAAAAUGUACCGCGGCUCUUGAUGCGGUGGGUGCCAGAGUCCACAAAAGAAUGGUUAUAAAGGAUGCUAACGUGAAGUUGCGCUGCACGGGAGCCCUUGAAGCAACUUUAAGUGAAGCUCAUUCUACCACUGGUGAAAUGGAGAUGAUAACCGACCACAUAAUACACAUGCACGCGAACGAGUUAGCAAAAGAAGUGCAGCCGGCCGUCGAGACAGCCCUCGGCAUGGUCCUCGAAGACAUUGCCAACAAGUUCCUGAAACACAUCCCCACUAAUAUGGUCUUCCCCAAUUAGAAUACUCAAAACAACAUAAUAUAUAGACUCGUAUUCACAAACAGUACUAUUUUAGACCAAUUAGAUUAUUGAUAGUGAUCAUCUUUUCAUGUUAUUGGUGGAAUUUGAAAACUCCUCCCAUGGGUACCUUUAUUUGUACUUCACAACCCUGAAAACGGGCCACCAUUUUUUG